AUGGAAAAGUGGUCUUUGCUUAGCCGCCUGAGGAGGGCCAUGAAGAAGGUCAAAUUCUUGCUAAAUUUCAAUAUGAAUCGAUGGCGUAUUGCUUCCAUGAUUGGUGCUUCUCCGAGCAGCCGGAGGCUGAGCUUCUCGGAUAGGCCAGGGUUGAGGGCAUGUGCGGACGACUAUGAUUCUGAUGAUUCGGGUUCUCAUUCUAGGAGACUCGCUCGGACAACAAGUUGUCCAUCGGAGGACGAUAUUGAUAAGAGAGCUGAGAUGUUCAUAGCAAAUUUUCAUAGACAACUUCAGAUGGAAAGGCAGGUUUCUUUGCAGCUCAAAUACCUUCGUGCGAACAGCUUUGACUACAAUUAA